AUGACUCGACUUCGAAUUGGCAAUCGCUCAAACAGUACCUCACUGGCGAGUUCAUCGCGCAACCGUGGUGCCGUCAUUCCGUCAUGUCCUGGAUUGUUUCCAAUUUUCGAUGAUCAUCCAGGGAUCCAUUUCGGCCCCACCCACCCCGCCGCUUUCGGCUCAUCCGGAAGACCCAAACGCCGCCGACCGGUCCACACCGCCUACUUAACUUUCCAUCUUCGUUCAACUGAUGCGAUACGGCAGUCGGUGGACGCUGGACAAACUCACGGUAACUGGCGACAGGUCAAGAGACCGAGUACGCAUGUGAUGGAAGAGGUGUCAAGCAUGACCAAGACCUACGAGAUGACGCCGGUACCAGCGAUCUGA